AGAAAAUUUUAAUAAAGAAGAACUUGAAAUUAUAAUUAAUGAAAUAUCAAAAAAUUUAGUUAAAGAUAAUAAUCUUUUUGAUGAAAAUGAAGAUAAAAAUAAAAAUAAAAAUAAAAAUAAAAAUGAAGAUAAAGAUAAUAAUUUUGAUUUAGAUGAUAAAAAAGAUAAAACUAAUUUUAAUGAUUUACUUAUAGCAGAAUUAAUAGAUUUGAAUUUUUAUAAUAAUAAUGAAACAGAAACUGAUUUAUCUUUAAAUCAACAACAAUUAGAAAAUGAAAAAAAUUUAAAUAUUGAUUUAGAAACAAUACUUGUUAAAGAAUUUCAAAAUUAA